GGCCGCCCAGGUGAUGGAGCAGGGGCACCGGUGCGGCCAAGAGCCGUACCCCAACCCUAAUUCCGAAAAACAGCCCACUACGUCCGGGGGUGCCUGAAGCGCAAGAGGCACCCGGCUCCUCGGGCUUCCCCUCCGCGCCCCCACCUGUAGGGCGGCAUCCCCAAAGCUCCUUCUUGCCCGAGUGUUUUGGAAACCGUCAACGGAAACUCAGAGGCCAAAGAAUGUGACGGGCGAUCAUAAAUAUGCAGAAGAGAUGGAGCCCAAAUAGCAGACGCAUGGAACCAGGGCUCGCCGGGGUCGGGGAUCUGGAGCCGGGCUCUCGCUGCCGCGGCCGCGCGGGCGGUGCCAAGACCGGGCAGGCGGCGCCGGCGCACUUCGGGCACCGAGCCUGCAAAAGAGGCCCCGGGCGGGCGGCCGGACGCCUCGCAGACGGCGGGCAGCGGGUGCAGCGACCGUCGCCCCGGGGCUCCUCUGCCGACCCUCCGUCCGCCUCCGCGCCCAGCGCGCUACCUCCCGGCCCCCGACCCCAGCCCCGGAGGCGGCCGCUCUGCCCGGCCGCGCGGCCUGGCUGCAUGGAGCCCGGCGCGGCGUUCCGGACAGCCGAGCCCGCCGCGGCGCGGGAAGGAACCGCGCGCCACGCUGAGGGCAGGAAGAAGAUGGCGGCGGCCGUGGGGACGGCGGCGGCGGCGGCGGCCUCCCACGCGCCGCUGACGCCAAUGGUGCGCGCCGGCCGGCGAGCCGCGGAUGGCGGCGGCGGCGGUAGCGGCAGCGGCCCGGGCUCCGGCGAGGGGCGGGGCGAGGUUGGGAGGGGGCCGGCCGGAGGCGGAGGCCGGGUCGGAGGCUGGAGGGAGGCGGUGGGGACAGUUUGUUGUGCUCGGAACAUGGCGGGCGUCGGCGAUGCGGCCGCCCCGGGAGAAGGCAGCGGUGGCGGCGGCGCGGGCGGCCGGGAGCGGGACGGCCGCGGUGAGGCGGAGCAGCCGGGAGGCGGCGGCGGCGGCCACGAGCCCCCGCCGGCGCCUCAGCACACGGAGACGCUGGGCUUUUAUGAGAGCGACCGGCGGCGGGAGCGGCGCCGCAGCCGCGCAGAGCUUUCAUUGUUGAGGUUCCUCAGUGCUGAACUAACCAGAGGGUACUUCCUUGAACAUAAUGAGGCCAAGUAUACAGAAAGAAGAGAAAGAGUAUACACUUGUAUGCGAAUACCAAGAGAAUUGGAAAAGCUCAUGGUUUUUGGAAUCUUUCUGUGCCUGGAUGCAUUUCUGUAUGUGUUCACCCUGCUUCCUUUAAGAGUUUUCCUGGCACUAUUCAGGCUCUUCACUCUGCCUUGCUAUGGCUUAAGGGACAGACGUUUGCUUCAGCCUGCUCAGGUGUGUGACAUUCUGAAGGGUGUCAUUUUGGUGAUAUGCUAUUUUAUGAUGCACUACGUUGACUACUCCAUGAUGUAUCACCUGAUAAGGGGGCAGUCAGUCAUCAAGCUCUACAUCAUCUACAAUAUGCUCGAGGUAGCAGAUCGUCUGUUUUCAUCAUUUGGACAAGAUAUAUUAGAUGCUCUCUAUUGGACAGCAACGGAACCUAAAGAAAGAAAAAGAGCCCAUAUCGGAGUGAUCCCUCACUUUUUCAUGGCUGUUCUCUAUGUCUUUUUGCAUGCAAUUCUUAUUAUGGUUCAAGCAACAACUCUCAACGUGGCUUUUAACUCGCACAACAAGUCACUGCUUACCAUCAUGAUGUCUAAUAAUUUUGUUGAAAUUAAAGGAAGUGUUUUCAAGAAGUUUGAAAAGAACAAUCUUUUUCAGAUGUCGAAUAGUGAUAUUAAGGAACGAUUCACGAAUUAUGUGCUUUUGCUAAUAGUGUGUCUAAGAAACAUGGAGCAGUUUUCUUGGAAUCCAGAUCACCUCUGGGUGUUGUUUCCAGAUGUCUGUAUGGUGAUUGCAUCAGAAACUGCUGUGGAUAUUGUAAAACAUGCCUUUAUCACCAAGUUCAAUGACAUUACCGCAGAUGUCUACAGUGAAUAUAGAGCCAGCCUUGCUUUUGACCUUGUUAGCAGUCGACAGAAAAAUGCAUAUACUGAUUACAGUGACUCUGUGGCACGGAGGAUGGGGUUCAUCCCUCUCCCACUGGCUGUUCUACUCAUCAGAGUUGUAACAAGCUCAAUUAAGGUGCAAGGAAUCCUGUCUUAUGCCUGUGUCAUACUCUUCUAUUUGGGGUUGAUAUCCCUGAAAGUACUUAACAGCAUCGUGCUUUUGGGGAAAUCAUGCCAGUAUGUGAAGGAGGCCAAGAUGGAAGAAAAGUUGUUUAAUCCCCCUCCAGCCAGCGCACCAGGCAAACCACCUAAUAAAUCACAGAACAAAUGUAAACCCGCUCAAGAAGAAAACCUGUCCGCUUCAGUCACAAGCCAGCCUGUUCAUCCAAAGGAAAAUGUCAUCCCGUUACUUGUGGCAAGCAGUUCUGAUCAGUUUCUGACCACUCCAGAUGGCGAUGAGAAGGACAUAACACAGGAAAGCUCUGAAUUAAAGCACAGAUCCUCAAAGAAAGAUUUGUUAGAGGUAGACAGGUUCACAAUCUGUGGAAACCGAAUCGACUGAACUCUGCGGCCUCUUGUGCCCAAGAUGCAGAGUCCCGGGACAGGAGAUGCUCUGCUCCCAGGACGGACAGAUGCAAAAAAAUGGCACUUAAAUAUUUAUUUAAAAACUUAAAUUAUUAAUGGAAAGCGAAUCUUAAUAUCUUUCUUCCAGUAAUGGGGUUUGGCUGUCGCUCAAGCCGCAGAAAAGCAGCGGCCUCCAGACUGGACUCUGGAAACCUGACUGGUUGGAGGAGCCCCUCCUACUCGGCAGGGAGCAGUCACCCCCGGGCCUCACGGGCGAAACGUCAGAAUCACUCUGCUUCGUCAGUCCUCGCUUCCAGAACAUCGAAUUUUGCCUCAAGGCUUCUUCAGUACAAGGAUAUACCUGGAAAACUGUGAAGCUUUUCCCAUGACAUUACCUUUCCAGUCCCGUACUAUUUUCACAAACAGUUUUCAAACUGUAUUUCAUCUGCCAAAGCAUUAAAAAAAAGUAAUUAAACUUAAGAUAAAUGUUCUUACCACCAGAAUAAUCCUUGAAGAUGUAUCUGAAUUAAUCAGAAUAAAAGGCUACCUAAAAUAAUUCAUGAUGAAUAAUAGCAUUUUAUAGGAAAAAACCCUAAGCCAGUUUAUUUAAAAAAUAUUCAUUACUGAAGGUUGCAUCACGGAGAAAAUGUUUCAUAAUUUUUCAGUUUACUUUUUGAAGCAAAAUGUGAGCUGUGUAUUGUUCCAUUGCAAUGGAUAAAAUAGAAAUACCCUUACAAAAAGGCACUUUUUUAUACUGAAAAAGCAGAGCAGUGUUAACUUUAAUGUAUAGUUAACUGGUUUCACUUUAAAACUAAUUGCUUCAUAAAUUGUUACGGUUAAAAGGAUUUGGUGUUGAAUGGGCUGAAGAACUGUCAGUGUACAAAAUCCAAAGGUGUCAACUUUAACAGAGUUUUUUUUAAAGUGAAUACUCUAAAUGGUUUGGGCAGCGUCUUGCUUGGACUUAAAAACACGGGAGUCCUGCUGAGUGGAGCGUCCGUGGCGGUGCCUGUGUUGGGGGCUGCGUGUUUGGGCUGCGAGCGCGGCGUUGGGGUUGCAGGGGAUGAGGGGUGUGUGUUUGGACGCUGGGAACAGCAACCAAAAGGUGCUUUUUGGUUUUGUUUGAGAUCAAGAUUUCUGUUUUGCUUAAUUACUAGUUUGUGGCCCACAUCAUGGGCCAAGUCAUUUCCCACCACAGUUUUAUCUUGAGAAGCCUUUCUGCAUUUUCAUAAAAAUGUUAUAGCGUCUCAUUUCAAAAUGUGCGGAUGUUGCUGUUCACUGUCAUUUCCUUUGAUGUUUUCAUGCUGAAGUUCAGCUCUUGUGCUGACACUUCAGGCAUAUGAUAUGCAGAAGGUAAAUUUUAGGGGAUCCAUCUCUUUCCUGGGUGAAAUACAAUGCACGCUUUAAUGUUUUGGCUUCUUUGGCUUCUGUAUAAAUACAGAAGUGAAUCUUAAUGUUUUGCAUUAACUAACGAAAUAGGAAGAUUAAUGUUCACGUAGGGUAAAAGAGGAUAUCGUACCGAAAUGCUUUUGUGAAACCAGGAAGUAUUUUGAGUUAAAAAUGAAAAGACUCGUGUUUUGUGUAUGUUUCAACAGAGUCCCAUUUUAGAAUUCUUGUAUCCAUCUCCUCUUCACCACCAAAAGGAACAGUGUCCACAUGAAUGGACUAGUUUAGGAGAAACUUUGCCAAAUGUAGCCCUGAUCAGAGCAAGAAUAUGAUUUGGGUAUAUCUGUCAAUUCAGCUUGAAUUUAUCCUGUUACUAUUGUGCUGUCAUUUUCGGAAGAUUUCAUUUCCUUUGCAGAAUCUGUUGGGAGUUUGGAAUGAUGUUCAUUUCUUCUGUUAAAAUGGCAUUCAGUACUAAUUUUAUAAGUGCAUCUUGUGUGAAACUCAAUAAAUUCAAUUUUGUAAUCUUUUUUAAAAA